AUGGUCAGGGUAGACAGUGGUGUUCUCAUCAAUCAUGCCGAAAUACUCAAGGACGUCAGGGCUAAGUAUCCUCUAACGAGAACGGAAAUAAAGAUGAAUACUUGUCCCUCGGGCUCGGGUUCUUUCAUCUGGCAGAACGUUUGGUCCAACAAUCUACCUACAAAAAUGUAUUUUGCUUUCGUUACGCGGACGGCCGUGAAAGGAGAUUAUACUAAAAAUCCGUUCAAGUUCCUGAACUUUGCACAGGAAAUCGGUCAUUACGUCAAUGGAGAAAGCAUACCCGCUCGUCCUAUCAAAAUGGACGUUGGCGACAACAGAAAUUACGUCACUCCUUUCGUCAACCUGUUCGAAGUCGCCGAGAAAUGGAAUGAUGAUUCGGGACUUACGAUCACUAAAGAAAACCUUAAUCAAGGAUUUACGGUUUAUGGUUUCACUCUAACACCUAGUGGACUUGGGGAAGAAUAUAUAAACCUGGCCAGACAGGGCAGUGUCAGACUCGAGUUGAAGUUUGCGAGCAACACCACAGAGACCCUAAAUUGUGUAGACUAUACAGAAUUUCCAGCUCUCAUAGAAAUCGACCAGUCCAGAGACAUAAAAUACACCCAGGUAUGA